GUGCUGGGGUGGCAAAUAAAAAUGUUCCCGCUGGGGGUGUCCGAUUACGUUUUACGACACCUGUUGCGUGUGCUGGUGGUGCCUUUGUAGUGCGAAUACGCUAUGCGCUAGAUGCGGCGAGCGGUCCUGGAGCGCUCGCGCUGGUGGCGGGAGUAGCAGUGAACCACGCUAUCACGGGGUUAAAAGGCGAAUAUACAGCUAGCUCUUCAAGUGGUGGAGGCACAGCUUCUUCCAGCAUGUCGUAUUCAGGAAUCCCGUUUCGCGCAACGUCGUCAACAGGUGUCUUUUCCGGUGCAGGAGCUAGCAGCACGGGCACGAUCGUUUCUUGGGCCUACACCCCUGAUGCGGUGAUCCACGUGGAGGGUGGAGCAACUAAUAUUCUCGAACUUCUGUUCGCGUCUAGUGGGCAGGCAUUGCCUUUCGCAGCCUUUUUCAUAGACCAGAUGGAAAUCGAACCUGUGGUUUUGGCCCUUCGUCCUACGACAGGAGACAUUCUCCUGUUGCAUCCAAAUACAGAACGGAAUGUGCAGGACAAUGCAAUAAUGCGAGGAAGCUUGCAAGCUUUAGUUUCCGGUGGCUCUUCCGAUGCGACUCAGCGAUGUCCGAUCGGCU